GGCGGAAAGAAAGAAGAAACGUGCAAAUAUCUAAAACAAGUUGCAGUCAAACGAAUCUGCUUUAACAAGAUAAACUAUAAAGCAGAUGGUUCCAGUUGGAUUCAGCAUAUUCUAUUCUUUUAUUUUCCCUAGUUCCGAGAUUCAAGGAUUGUAUCAGAUAUUCCGGAGUGAAGAUCAUGUAUGUAGUGGAGAGCAAAGGGGGUGCCAUAGUGUGUAUGCUGUUAGCUCUUUUGUUCCUGGGUACAUGGCCUGCACUUAUCACUCUGCUAGAGAGGCGAGGACGCCUUCCCCAGCACACUUACCUUGAUUAUACAAUCACAAAUCUCUUGGCUGCUGUUAUUAUAGCUUUAACAUUUGGCCAAAUUGGGGACAGCACGGUUGAAAGGCCCAAUUUCUUCACGCAACUUUCCCAGGAUAAUUGGUCUUCGGUUUUAUUCGCAAUGGCUGGUGGGGUGGUUCUCAGCUUGGGAAACCUUUCUACACAAUAUGCUUGGGCUUUUGUUGGUUUAUCAGUUGUAGAAGUCAUUUCAUCAAGCAUGACUGUUGUUAUAGGUACAACCUUGAAUUACUUCUUGGAUGGAAAAAUAAACAAAGCUGAGAUCCUUUUUCCUGGUGUUGGUUGCUUCCUAGUUGCUGUUUGUCUUGCAUCAGCUGUUCACUCAUCCAAUGCAGCUGAUUAUAAAGCAAAGCUUAGCAGUUGGCCAAUUGAUAAUGAAACUGGAAAAGGGACUGUGCUUCCAUCGGCGUCUGAAGAAGCAGUUUUAAAGGAUCGAGAGAACGGGGGUGGUCCUAUACGCAAGGCAAAAGCCGGAACAGCAACCUUCUUGAUAGAGCUUGAAAAAAGGAGGUCAAUCAAGGUGUUCGGAAAGAGCAUGUUCAUUGGACUGACCUUAACUUUCUUCGCCGGCGUUUGCUUCUCCCUCUUCUCACCGGCAUUCAACUUGGCAACAAACGAUCAAUGGCACACUUUGAAACAAGGGGUUCCCAAGUUGGUUGUCUACACAGCUUUUUUCUACUUCUCUGUCUCCUGUUUCGUAAUUGCUCUCGUCCUAAACAUCAGCUUCCUUUACCAUCCAGCUUUGGGAGUCUCCAAAUCGUCCUUUAAGGCCUAUCUAAAGGACUGGAAUGGCCGAGGGUGGGCCUUCCUCGCCGGGUUUCUGUGUGGGUUCGGGAAUGGUCUCCAGUUCAUGGGAGGCCAAGCUGCAGGCUAUGCAGCAGCAGAUGCUGUUCAGGCACUUCCUCUAGUGAGCACAUUUUGGGGAGUGGUUUUAUUCGGAGAGUACCGAAGAUCGUCACGAAGAACAUAUAUAUUGCUGUUCAGCAUGUUGUUCAUGUUCAUUGCAGCUGUUGGAAUACUUAUGGCAUCAUCUGGUCAUAGGAAAUGAAAAUGCCGCUUUGGAAAACUACAGCUUAUGUUGAAGUUAGAACAUACUUCAGAGGCUGUGGUUGUUGGUUCAUAUCUAAGAUCCAUCUUUUUCUCCAUAGCACACACACUUUGUUUCAUAGUUUGUAAACUUCUUGACUUACACAAUGAUUAAUGUCUUUCGGCUUUCCAA